AUUCGUUGUUUUUCGUAGCUUUUUCACGCGAAGAGACGACGUUUUCUUACGCCCGGGCCACCGAAAACCGCGUUUUUCGCACGUUUCCGCAAAAUAUAGUGAAAUUUACCACAUCUCUAUAAGAAAUACUCAUCCUCAUCGAGUGAAUGUCACUAGUGCCGAUUCGGUAGUGAACGUUUCAACGCCUUUCUUCGUGCGGUGCGGAUUCUUGGCCUAGGGUUUGGGCAAACACACCACAGCAAACACAGACAGAACGCGCCGCUUGCUGCCCCGAGCGGACCGAGUGCAAAGCUGAGAUCUUGCAAAUAAAGGAAAAGGGCUGCCGCCGUUCGCAGUUUGUGCUUAGCGUUCCGCACUGGCCUAAAGAUGAACGUCGAGGAGGAGGUGUUUCGUAUUCAGAAAAAGCUGGGCAAAAUGACUUCCCUGUCGGACGGAUCGGGCCAAGAGCAGGCACUCGAUUUGCUGCGCGAGCUGCAGCGGUUAAACAUCGAUCUGGAUAUACUGACGAAAACGCGCAUCGGCAUGACGGUGAACGAGCUGCGCAAGUGCAGCAAGGACGAUGAGGUGAUCAGCCUGGCCAAGUCGCUGAUCAAGAGCUGGAAGCGCUUCCUGGCCGGCACGCCACCGUCGAAGGACGGCUCGAAGGAUGCGUCCAAGUCGUCCAGCAAGGCGAGCAGCAAAUCGAGCAGCAAAUCGUCCGACAGCGCCAACGCCGGAUCGGGCGGCGCUGGCGGUGGCACCGGCGGUGACAAAGCGAACAUCGGCAGCGGCGGUACCGGCGGUGGUGGUACCGGCGGUGGCAACAAAAAGGACUACGAGCGGGAGAAGGAAAGCAGCAAAUCGAAGGCUCCCCCGUCGAGCGGCAUGUCGUCGCAGUCGAGCAACACGACCGAUGCGGUGCGGCUGAAGUGCCGCGAGAUGCUGGCGAACGCGCUGCGCGUCGACGGCGAACCGCCGGAGGGCUGCCAAACGCCGGAAGAGCUCGGGGAGGAGCUGGAGGAGGCCAUCUUUGUGGAGUUUAAAAACACGGACAUGCGGUACAAAAAUCGUGUCCGGUCGCGGGUCGCCAACUUGAAGGACCCGAAGAACCCGAGCUUGCGGGCGAACUUUGUGAGCGGCGCCAUCACGGCCCAGCGGCUGGCCAAGAUGACGUCGGAGGAGAUGGCGAGCGACGAGAUGAAGCAUCUGCGCGAUCGGUUCGUGAAGGAGGCGAUCAACGACGCGCAGCUGGCGACGGUGCAGGGCACCAAGACGGAUCUGCUCAAGUGCGGCAAGUGCAAGAAGCGCAACUGCACGUACAACCAGCUGCAGACGCGAAGCGCUGACGAACCGAUGACCACGUUCGUGAUGUGCAACGAGUGUGGCCACCGUUGGAAGUUCUGCUAAAACAAAAACAAAACAAAAAACAACAGGUUCGUUCGAUGUGUUAUGCGCGCGCGAGAUGUGUUCAAGUCAUGUCUCUUGCUCGAGAUCUAUGGUUUCCAUUCAUUCGCAAACGGGAGCGGCGUUUGUUGUGUGGAAUGUGGAAGACACUGUCUUUUGUCUUUUUGCAAUGAUCGUAACGAAAUGGACGAUGAUUGUGGUAACCUUCACCAGAUAACGUGUUCUGGUAGGAGGUUCGGGGUUUUAACUAAACAUACUGGCAAACUAGCCAACGUUACUGUGCAUACCAGCAAAUGGCCCCAAUGCGGUGGGCAUACAUAGCAGGCAAAAGCUUACACCAUUGUGGGUUGUACGGACGCUUCACGUCGAUCUUUGCAAUAAUUCAUUUAAUCAACACAUUCGGCAGCGCUUCGACUGACCGUUUGUCCCAAUUGGCACACUCUUUUACAUUUAUUAAGUUUACUUCUUUUUUCUUUCUGAAAUUAUAAAUAAUAGCCCAAUCUUUGCUAUCAAUUUUAGAUUCUAAACAUCCCAAACCCACGGAUAAACGAUAUGGACGAUAAAGAUGUACGUUCGUAUAAUUUCUCUUGAAUGCAAGAAAACGAAGGGGAAAAAUCAAUUAUUCACUGUCGGCGGCACUAACAUAGAAGAUAACGGAUUGUAAAAGUGUGAAGCGAUCCUGUGCCGAGUGAAACUGAAUCCGGUUUUAAAAAGAAAAACAAACAAAAUUUACAAACGUUUCGUCGUACGCAGAAAGCGUACCAACCGUACAAACAGAACAUAACAUACACAUAACCAUCAUUAACAUUACAAAGGAUCAUUAACAAUAGUCGAUAGAAGAAAAAAAAACUCCAACAAUACAAAACAGCAGACAAAACGGCGUACGCAAAGGCUGGUUAGCGAUCUCAGAGGUAACAAUUGCACCCGCCAACAUCGGCCCCUCCAACGAUGCGGCGGGUGUUAAUUCAAUGCGGCUAACCGUCCUGCCGUCGCGCUCUACUAUACGAUAAUGAUGGCGGGAUCACUACAAGGAUCACCACACCAAGAUUGGUUAGGUUAGGAAAACGGGGGGAAUAUGUUGUGGCAUGUGUGAGGGAUCGAGCAGGGACGACGAUUGCUGCUCACACUCGCGCUAUUGCUAUUUAGCGAGAUUUGUAGGGAAUGUAGCAAAGCGAAGGAAAAUAUAACUGUAACUGUAAAUAAGUAAACGGUAAUAAUGUUUGCGUCACGUUAUGUGCUGCGAUAAAGAAACAAAAAGAGAAAAAAAAACAACCCCCGGCAUGCAGAGUGAGGUGUAGUUUCGUACGUUUGCGUGUGUGUUGUAACAGGUAAUCAAACAGGAAACGGAAGAUUCACUGUUUUGCAUCCCAUGCCCCCCCUCCCCAUGGUAAGGUGGUUUGGGCCAUUGAUCCGAACGUAGACAAUCCAAAAGCCCCCCAGAAACCACCAAGGAAGCAUGGAAAUAAUGUUUAAGUGUAGUAGGACAUUACAGCAAUGUAAUUGGCUUUAAUUUACGCGUUCGUUUAGUUCCUUUUUUUUUUUGCAAUAGAAAUAAACAAUUGCUGUAACAAUGGA